AUUAAACUAACCAUGAAGACAAAUAUUAUCAAUACGUGGCACUCCUUUGUAAACAUUCCCAAUGUGAUUGUACCAGAUAUUGCAAAGGAAAUAAGAAGAAUGGAAAAUGGAGCAUGCAGCUCCUUUUCUGAUGAUGAUGACAGUGUCUCUAUAUCUGAAGGAUCAGAGAACGAAGACCUCCAUGCAAAAGGUUCCUUCAGAAAUAAUUCACACAGAAGGGGAGGACCAUCACAGAGGGAGCAGUACCUGCCUGGUACCAUUGCACUUUUCAAUGUUAACAACAGCAGCAAUAAGGACCAAGAACCAAAAGAAAUAAAGAAAAAGAAAAAAGAAAAGAAGAGCAAGUCAGAUGGUAAAAAUGAAAACAAAAAGGACCCAGAGAAGAAAAAGAAGAAGGAAAAGAAAGAUGAGAAGAAAAAGAAAGAGGAGCAAAGCAAAGAUAAAAAAGAAGAGGAGAAGAGAGAAGUCACAGUUAUUGAUCCCGCAGGAAACACAUAUUACAACUGGCUGUUUUGCAUCUCCAUACCUGUUAUGUACAACUGGACUAUGCUUAUUGCAAGAGCAUGUUUCGAUGAACUUCAAUCUGAUUACCUAGAAUACUGGCUCGUUAUUGAUUACUUAUCAGAUCUAGUCUAUCUUCUCGAUAUGUUUGUACGAAUAAGGACAGGUUAUCUAGAGCAAGGACUGCUGGUGAGGAAUGAACUUAAACUCAUAGAGAAAUAUAAAUCAGACGUGCAAUUUAAACUUGAUGUUCUGUCAAUGGUACCGACAGAUCUGCUGUAUUUUAAGUUGGGGUGGAACUAUCCAGAAAUUAGAUUAAAUAGGCUGUUAAGGUUCUCUCGUAUGUUUGAGUUCUUCUCGAGAACAGAAACAAGGACAAACUAUCCAAAUGUCUUCCGGAUCUCUAACCUUGUCAUGUAUAUUGUUAUAAUUAUCCACUGGAAUGCAUGUGUGUUCUACUCAAUUUCAAAAGCUAUUGGAUUUGGAAGUGAUACAUGGGUCUAUCCUGAUAUUAAUGAUCCUGAAUUUGGCCGUUUGGCUAGAAAGUAUGUAUACAGCCUUUACUGGUCUACACUGACUUUGACUACCAUUGGUGAAACACCACCUCCUGUGAGGGAUUCUGAGUUUGUUUUUGUGGUGGUUGAUUUCUUAAUUGGAGUGUUAAUUUUUGCUACCAUCGUUGGUAACAUAGGUUCUAUGAUUUCCAACAUGAAUGCAGCCAGAGCAGAAUUUCAAGCAAAGAUUGAUGCUAUCAAGCAGUAUAUGAAUUUUCGAAAUGUAAGCAAAGAUAUGGAAAAGAGGGUUAUUAAAUGGUUUGACUACCUGUGGACCAACAAAAAAACAGUUGAUGAGAGAGAAGUUCUGAAGUAUCUACCGGAUAAACUAAGAGCAGAAAUUGCCAUCAACGUUCACUUAGACACAUUAAAAAAGGUACGCAUUUUUGCUGACUGUGAAGCUGGUCUGUUGGUGGAGUUGGUCUUGAAAUUGCAACCCCAAGUCUACAGUCCUGGAGAUUACAUUUGCAAGAAAGGGGAUAUUGGACGAGAGAUGUACAUCAUCAAGGAAGGCAAACUUGCUGUGGUGGCAGAUGAUGGAAUCACUCAGUUUGUGGUAUUGAGUGAUGGCAGCUACUUUGGUGAGAUCAGCAUUCUUAACAUUAAAGGCAGCAAAGCUGGCAAUCGAAGAACGGCCAAUAUUAAAAGUAUUGGCUACUCAGACCUGUUCUGUCUCUCAAAAGAUGACCUCAUGGAAGCACUAACUGAGUACCCAGAUGCCAAAGCUAUGCUGGAAGAGAAAGGGAAGCAAAUCUUAAUGAAAGAUAAUCUACUGGAUGUAAACAUUGCAAAUGCUGGUAGUGAUCCGAAAGAUCUUGAAGAGAAGGUUACUUACAUGGAGCGGUCAGUAGACCUCCUGCAAACGAGGUUUGCCCGGAUCCUGGCUGAGUAUGAGUCCAUGCAGCAGAAGCUGAAGCAAAGAUUAACCAAAGUUGAGAAAUUUCUGAAACCACUUAUCGACACAGAAUUUUCAGCUAUUGGAGAUUCUGAACUGGAAAGUGGGCCCACAGACUCCACACAGGGCUGA